AUGGUAUUGGCUUGCUGGCUGCAGUCCUUGGGCUAUGGCAAAGAUAAGUCAUUAAGCACACCUGGCGGCCCGAGCUCCUCUUCUACUACUUCCAACAGGUCAAGGAAUAGGACUCGCUAUCGGACCAAAGCUAUUAGCUCCGAGGUAGAUGAGAGCCUCUUCAGAGGUAACAAGCCCCUGGCCCGGAGUGACAGCCCCAUCGUGCUGCUCCGAGACAAACAUGCCAUUCGGAAAACUUUCACUGCUUUGGGCUUGGACCACAAGCCGGAGACCAUCCAGCUCAUCACCCGGGACAUAGUUCGAGAACUCAUCAUUCCCACAAAGGAUCCCUCCGGGAAAUCCCUUAUCAUCAGCCCCGAAGAGUUUGAGCGGAUUAAAUGGGCAUCCCAAGUGCUGACCAGAGAAGACCUGGAGGCCAGGGAACAGGCCUUCAAGAAGGAGAAGGAAGCCAUCCUGGAUGCGGUGACCACACGCAAGAAGGUCAUGAAGCAGAAGGAAAUGGCUUGGAGGAACAACAAGAAGCUCAGUGACCUAGAGGAAGUGGCCAAGGAGAGGGCCCAGAACCUUCUGCAGAGAGCCAACAAGCUGCGGAUGGAGCAGGAGGAGGAGCUCAAGGACAUGAGCAAGAUCAUCCUUAAUGCCAAGUGCCAUGCCAUCCGGGAUGCCCAGAUCCUGGAGAAGCAGCUGAUCCAAAAAGAACUGGAUGCCGAGGAGAAGCGGUUGGAUCAGAUGAUGGAGGUGGAACGGCAGAAAUCCAUUCAGAGGCAGGAGGACCUGGACAGGAGGAGGAGGGAGGAAAGAAUCCGAGGAAGACGGCACAUUGUGCAGCAGAUAGAAAGGAACCAGGAGGAGCGGUCGCUGUUUGCGGAGCAGCGGGAGCAGGAGAAGGAGCAGAUGCUGGAGUACAUGGAGCAGCUCCAGGAGGAGGACCUGCGGGACAUGGAACAAAGGCACCAGCAAAAACUGAAGAUGCAAGCUGAGAUUAAGCGCAUCAACGACGAGAACCAGAGGCAGAAAGCAGAGCUGCAGGCUCAGGAGAAGCUGGCAGACCAGCUGGUGAUGGAGUUCACCAGGAAGAAGAUGGCUCGAGAAGCAGAGUUUGAGGCUGAGCAGGAGAGAAUCAGGAGGGAGAAAGAGAUGGAGAUCGCACGCCUGAGGGCCAUGCAGGAAAAGGCCCAGGAUUACCAGGCAGAACAGGAUGCCUUGCGGGCAAAGCGCAACCAGGAGGUUGCAGACAGAGAGUGGCGCAGAAAAGAGAAGGAAAACGCUCAGAAGAAGAUGGAAACAGAGGCCAAGCUGCGGAGAAGUCGGCUGGAGCAGGUGGCUUUCAAGCAGCACAGCCUGGCCGUGCAGGUGCAGCGGGACCGGGAUGAAUUCAACAGGAUCCUUCGGGCCCAGAGGGAGCAGAUUGAAAAGGAGCGGCUGGAGGAGGAGAAGAAGGCCUCGGGGCGCCUGCUGCACGCCAACGAGCUCCGGCGCCAGGUGCGCGAGAACCAGCAGAAGCUGGUGCAGGACCGCAUCGCCACCUUCGAGGAGGGCCGGCGCCUCCAAGAGGAGGCCCAGAGGCGACGCGAGCGCAUCGACGACAUCAAGAAGAAGAAGAUUGAAGAGCUGAGAGCCACCGGCCUUCCCGAGAAGUACUGCAUCGAAGCCCAGCGCAAAGCUAACAUCCUGCCACCCGCCUCUGUGAGCUGAGGGGCGCCUCUGAGCUGCUCUGGGCGCCCACAGGGGAAGGUUCGCCCCGUCGCUGGGAGUCCAUGACUGCUGCUCACCUAGACAUUUAGGAGUUACAGAUUAAAUCUAUUCU